GUGCAUUAUAAAUCAACUUGACUUGACUUGUGUUAACCACAGAGAAAUCUAAACAGAAACCCAUUCAAAAUCCUCAUAUGGGGGAGCUAAAAUGCUAACUAGCCAGAGAAGCGCGCUGGCUUUUGACAUCCUAUUUAUUAGGACAUGGUAUAAUGGUAGUAUGUAAACUGUAACACAGCCAUAGUCUGGAUGUGAUGAGCGUGGCCCCUCAGUUUGUAGUGCUAACAUGGAAUCUGGGCCUAAGGUCAUUGUGUUCAUUCUCCAGGUUCACAUGGAGGUGGACCUGUCCCAGACUCUGUUUCUAAUCUGUUUAUUCUUAACAGAUCUUCUAGUCUGUCACCUCGCAUGUGUGAGUGUUGGUCACAACACUGAGAACGUUGUUUCCCACCUGUUCACCAUGGUAACAUGACACCUGCUGAACUUGUCCUCAGGUCCCCUCCUGGCCACCAUCCCUCCACACACACUCCUUGCUGUAACACACACUCUUUACCUCACCUCAGCAGAGAGUGCUCCGUGUGAUCAAACACACCCAACCUGUCAAUAAUCUAACACACAGAAUUUGUCCACUCCACCCGCACACACACACACACACACACACCAACAGGUACACUUCCCACAAAAAUCAUCUUUUACCUCAUCGGCUGCAUCAUGCUAAAUCAGGAGGUCAUGCAGAACCUGAAGUUGCCAGAUAUGGAUGAUGUCAGCCAGUACAUCAGGAGCGUCUCCACCCCAGUGUUGGUCAGCGUGGGGGCGGUGGCCGCAGCAACAACUUACUACCUGGCAACGCGGCCCAAGGCUCUCCCACCAGUGUGUGACCUGGACAUGCAGUCAGUGGAGGUUCCGGGCGGAGGGUUGGCACGUCAGUCAGUCCUGAUGAACAAAGGCGAGCCCAUCCUACAUUUCUACGAUGAUGCCAGAACAAUGUAUGAGUUCUUCCUCAGAGGACUCCGAGUCUCCAAUAAUGGUCCCUGUCUGGGCUCCAGGAAACCAAAGCAGCCGUAUGAAUGGAUGUCCUACAGAGAGGUGAGGGAGCGAACAGAGAAUCUGGGUUCAGCAUUUCUUCACAAGGGACACUCCAAGACCACCGACCCCCACAUUGGCAUCUUCUCCCAGAACAGACCUGAGUGGACGGUGACUGAGCUGGCGUGUUACACCUACUCUCUGGUGUCGGUGCCUCUGUACGACACACUGGGAACAGAAGCCAUCGGCUACAUCAUAGACAGAGCUGCCAUCUCCACUAUAGUGUGUGACGUGGUGGAUAAAGUCAACCUGGUGCUGGACUGUGUCAGGGACAAGGAGCACUCUGUGAGAACCAUCGUACUGAUGGAGACGCCCAGCGACGAGCUGGUCAACCAGGGCCAGCAGGCUGGAAUCCACAUCCUCAGCCUGCAGGACAUGGAGGCUCUUGGGAAGGCAAACCAUCAUCAACCAGUGCCUCCACAACCUGAGGACAUGGCUCUCAUCUGCUUCACCAGUGGAACAACAGGAAACCCAAAGGGAGCGAUGCUGACACAUCAGAAUAUUGUAUCAAACUGCUCAGCCUUCAUCAAAAUAACAGAGGUUUCCUGUCCCUUGUCUCCCAGUGACGUCCAUAUUUCCUUCCUCCCUCUGGCUCAUAUGUUUGAGAGAGUAGUCCAGGCUCUGAUGAUAGUUCAGGGAGCCAAGAUCGGCUUCUUCCAGGGAGAUAUCCGUCUCCUGUCGGAUGACUUGACCACACUGAAGCCCACAGUGUUCCCUGUGGUUCCCCGACUCCUCAACAGAAUGUAUGAUAAGAUCUUCGGCCAGGCCAACUCCUCAGUGAAGCGCUGGCUGCUGGACUUUGCCUUCAGGAGGAAGGAGGCGGAGAUGAGGAGAGGCAUCGUGAGGAGAGACAGUAUCUGGGACCGCCUCAUCUUCAGGAAGGUUCAGGCCAGCCUCGGAGGUCGUGUGCGUCUCAUGCUGACCGGAGCUGCUCCGAUCUCUCCCACCGUCCUCACCUUCCUCAGAGCUGCAGUCGGCUGUCAGUUCUAUGAAGGUUAUGGACAAACAGAGUGUACAGCUGGAUGCACCAUGACAGUACCGGGGGAAUGGAACGCAGGUCACGUUGGAGCCCCUCUGCCCUGUAACCGGAUCAAACUGGUGGAUGUGGCUGAGAUGAACUACCUGGCUGUAAACGGGGAGGGAGAGGUGUGUGUGCAGGGUCCCAACGUGUUCCAGGGCUACCUGAAGGACCCCGAGAAGACCGCCGAGGCCAUCGAUGCAGACGGAUGGCUUCACACCGGAGACAUUGGAAAAUGGCUUCCUAAUGGCACGCUGAAGAUCGUGGACAGGAAGAAGCACAUCUUUAAGCUGGCUCAGGGCGAGUACAUCGCUCCUGAGAAGGUGGAGAACGUCUACACGAGGAGCGAGGCGGUGGCUCAGGUGUUCGUCCAUGGAGACAGUCUGCAGGCCUGUCUGGUAGCUGUGGUGGUUCCUGACCCUGACUUCCUGUGUUCAUGGACCAAGAGGACGUUGGGACUGGAGGGCAGCUACCAGGAACUCUGUGGCAGAGCGGACGUCAAGGCAGCAAUCCUGGAGGACAUGGCCCGACUGGGGAAAGAAGGAGGCCUCAAGUCAUUUGAGCAGGUGAAGGCCAUCAGCAUCAACACUGAGAUGUUCUCCAUCGAGAACGGCCUGCUGACGCCGACGCUGAAGGCCAAGAGGAACGAGAUGCGACAAUACUUCAGGAACCAGAUAGACGAGCUGUACGCCGCCAUCAACCAGUAGAAGAACAGACACACAAGCUCUACCAAACGUUAUAAAGAUGAAGGGAAUAAAAAGGGAAAGCAAAUGAAGAGAUCAAAGAACUGUCAACAUGACCAGUAACACUAGAAAAGCAGGAACAGGAGGAGAUGAAGUUUUUAAUAAAAAAUAAAAAAUAAUUCAGGAUCUACAGGUGCAUCUCAAUUAGUUAGAAUAUCAUAGAAAAGUUUAUUUAUGUCAGUAAUUCAUUCAAAAAGUGGAAAUAAUACAUUACAGUGCAAAAAACAACUGACAAGAAAUAAGAAAUAAAUAACUAGAAUUAAGCAAAUACAUGCUCAAAACAAGUAAAUUUAUCUGCCAGUGCAGUAAGUACAUUUUUCUUUAUAAGAAUUCUUUAAAUAAGUAAAAAUAUAUAGGCACUGGAAAAACCAGUGAUAUGUUGAAACAAAUCCAAAUAUACUUAUUUUGAGCAAUUGUGGCUUGAAAAGCCCGACUGUAAUAUUAAAAUAAGCCAGAAAUACUUGAAACGAGCAUGUUUUAGCGGUAGAAAAUGCUUUUGAAAUAUCAUUCAACCUACAUGCAACUAAAACUCUCAAUUGGAACCAAUAUUUUAGGUAAAAACUCACCAUAUUCAACCUCAAAAGAAGUCUUUAAACAAUAAGAUAAUUACAUAAGCACAUAAUAAUAAUACAAAUAAUUUAAUAAGCGCAUAAAGCUAUGGUCAGUAGGUAAAUUAUGCUCAAAACAAUAUAAAUAAGAGACUAUUGUUAGAUAUAAGAAGAAAAUACUUGGUAAGCUUCAUGUUUUUGCAGUGUAUAUAGACCCAUUACACACUUAAUUUAUUUAAUUUAUUCUAAUUAUAAUGAUUAUGGUGUACAUUUAAUGAAGACCUGAAAUUCAGUGUCUCAAAAAAUGUUAAUAUUACAAAAAAACUAUUUUGAAAAGUAUGUUUAAUAUUGAAAUGUUGGCCUCUGAUAAAUAUGUCGAUCUAUAUGACUAAAUACUUGACUUGAACUACUGGAAAUGGACUUUUUCAUAAUAUCCUAAUGUGUUGAGAUGCAGCUGCAUGACUCUUAAAUGUUCAGAGUAGAUUCUGUGCUCUAGAUAAAUAUGUCUAUUGAUAAAAUAUUGUAUUGUACAGUUCAAAUUCUGUAAUAAUAUGUUGAUUCCAAUGAAAUAUUUUGUAAUAAUAUCUAAAUUCAGGGUGCUUUUAAAGGGAAAUAUCAAAGUGCAGCUCUGUAGUAUCAGACGUCUCAGGACCUCAGUGGCAGGAACCACACACACACUGUACCUCCAACACACACACACACACACACACACACACACACACACACACACACACACUUUUUACAUUCAAGGACAAACCAGUGAAGCAGCCAUAUUGAUCAAAGUAACCCCGAACAGCUUCACACACCUCAACUUUAACAUCUCAGGUCUUUGAGAUUAUUGUCGUCAGAUGUCAUGAUUUAUUUUCACUGUUUCUUGAGUUUGUUUGAUAUCAAGUUGAAAAUCUACGAUGGAUAAUGAGAUUGUUUCUAUUGGGUCCUUAUAUCUUUUCACAAGUAAGCUUUGGUCCAGUUUAACCAGCAGAGUUUGUAGGAGAUUAGGAAAUGAUCAAUGUUUUAAUUUAUUUAUGAUGGGAACAUGAAGGAAAGAGAUUUGUUGAAGGAAUCUGCUUUCUUAAAUUAUGAUAUACUGUUGUUGAAUGGUGAAAUUUCUAAAAAAAUAGCAUUGUUCAAAACCUGCAUGAAAUCCUUUUGAAUGUUUAGAGUUUAAAUUUUAUGGACGUGUCUCUGGUCUUGCAAUAAUUGUUUUUACUGUCCUCUCAGAUUUGUAAGAUUUUGUAAAGAUUUUAAUUAAAAAUCAUCAGAAGAG